AUGCCUACUUUCACACCCUGGCAGCGCAACUUGACCGCAGCCAUUCCUCAUCUCAGAAACCUAUCCCCUCGUCUGUCCUGCAGCAAUCAGCUCUUCCGAUCAUUCUCAAUCAAGUUCGAGCGCCCCACGCCCUCUGAAAUAUUCGAACGCACGCCAUGGCCGACAACCAAGGCGCAGGAGAAGGAGCUGGUAGAAGGCGUAAGAACCGCGAUAUGGGUCGAAAUGAAUGGAGCCAGUCGGCAAGCCAUAGAUAAACGACAACGCCUAGAGCGCCAAGCUGAAGCAAAGCGACAAAAGAUCGAGAAUGGAGAGGCCGUAGAAGCUCCAAUCUAUGCGACACAGUUCUCCCCGGAGGAAAUUGCGAAUGAAGAACGACGCCCAAAAAAGAAGGUCGCACUUAUGAUGGGCUACUCCGGAACGGGCUACUAUGGCAUGCAGCUGAACGAAAACCAAAAGACAAUCGAGGGUGAUCUGUUCGCAGCUUUGGUUGCGGCAGGCGCUAUUUCGAAGGCGAAUGCUUCUGAUCCUAAGAAAUCUUCCUUUGUGCGAUGCGCCCGUACCGACAAGGGUGUUCAUGCGGCAGGCAAUGUGGUGUCUCUGAAGAUGAUUGUGGAGGAUCCCGAUAUCGUCCAGAAGAUCAAUGACAAUCUUAGUCCUCAGAUUCGUGUCUGGGGCCUUGAACACACCACCGGAAGCUUCAGCUGUUAUCAACUAUGCGACUCGCGAGUAUACGAAUAUUUGAUGCCGAGCCACUGUCUCCUGCCACCUCACCCCAGUACAUUCCUGGGUAAGAAGAUCGUCGAGCAGGCGGAGAAAGCUGGCAACAUGGAUAAAGUCGAUGCUAGACAAGAAGAGGUCGCAGGCUACUGGGCGAAGGUCGACGAUGAAUAUAUCCGACCAAUCUUGGAGAAAGUACCAGAAGACGUUCGCAAGAUCGUGCAAAAGUCCCUUUUCGUGGAGGAGGAACAAGAAUCAUCGGAAAACCAAGAUGAUUCCGCCCCUGCCGCAGAAUCAGCUGUUAAUGCCGAAGAUUCGACCACCCAGCCCACUGCUGCUGAGCCCUCCGAGGAGCCAAUCAAGGAGAAUAAGCCAUUUGUCAUGGAACCUCGGCAACAACUCAUUCAUGACACUAUCAAGGCAGUUAAGGCAGCAUAUAUUACUGCCAAGCGCGCUUACCGUGUCCCCGCGGCUCGUGUUGCCCGCCUGCAAGAAUGUCUGAGUCAAUAUGAAGGCACAAAGAGGUUCCAUAACUACACGAUUCAGAAGACCUACAAGGACCAAUCUGCCCAGCGUCUCAUCAGGUCUUUCAAAGUGAACCCGACUCCAAUUGUCAUCAACGGUACUGAGUGGCUCAGCUUGAAGGUCCACGGUCAGAGUUUCAUGAUGCACCAGAUUCGCAAAAUGGUCGCCAUGGCUGCUCUUAUUACGCGCUGCGGUUGUACUCCCAGCCGAAUCUCGGAGACCUAUGGACCCGAACGAAUUGCCAUCCCCAAGGCUCCCGGUCUUGGAUUGUUACUCGAGCGACCUAUUUUCGAGAGCUACAAUACCAAGGCUGCCACUCUUGGCCGUGCACCCGUUGGGUUUGAGAAGUUUACUACUGAGAUGGAGGAGUUCAAACAACGAGAAAUUUACGACCGUAUCUUCCGCGAAGAAGAACAAAGCUCUGCCUUCAGCAUCUUUUUCAACCACAUCGACCAUUUCCCAAUCGAUUAUUAUCUCUAUGUCACCUCUGGCGGCAUUGAAGCUGCUCAAUUAGUCGCCGCUCCUACUGACAGAUCGGGAAGUCCCAGAUCACGUAACCGGGGGAAGUCUGAAAAGGAGAUCCUUGCUGCAGUUGAGGCUGAGUCCGAGGAUGAAGUCAAUCCAGCUGAAGACAGCUGA